CUCUGACUAAGGCCCUUCUCCCCAAAUUGCUCAGUUUAGAUGGCCGGCCAGCUCUAGGAAGAGUCCUGGUGGUUCCAAACUUCUUCCAUUUACGGAUGAUGGAGGCCACUGUGCUCAUUGGGACCUUCAAAGCAGCAGAAUUUUUUCUGCAUCGUAACUAAUUGCUGUAUGAAUUUUAGAUGGAAAACCCACUCAGAAUCCCCAUGACAUGUCUUUCAUCAGACUGUGGAAAGUUAGAAAGACAGGUUUCCUGGACUGCAUUUGCUGGUUGCAAGUUCAGACAUAGUAAUGUACGGCAUAAAAAUGGGUCCACGACGUUUGAUGACAACCACGCAGCUAUGAUCACAAUGGAAAUGACCAGGAGGCGACCCCUUCUGAUCUUAACAGAUGUCCUAAAGACAGAACCGGGCCAGGCUUACAUAGACAGGAUAAAAAAGAGCCAUAUGAUGAGCAACAGAGGACUAAGUACGCGGAGGGAGAGUGUUCGGAACAAAGAGGUACCUCUGACCUGCAGAGACACUAAGACCAGUCAGAGGGAGACCAAAAAUAAUAAGAACAAGAGUGAAACCCCUAAACGAAACCAGAAGACCACCCCCACAUCCUCUCAAAGGUCAAAGCCCAUGAGAGGACAACAAAAGAAUGAUGAAGAAGAGGACAACGAAGAAAGCACAGACACUGAGGAAGUGAUACUAGGAAUGAACAACGGAGAAGACGACAAAUUCGCUGAGGUUGUCGAUUGUGGAUUGUCAGUAAGCUGGGAACCCACUGAGAACAAAGACGGCUGUGACGACUUCUCCCCAGCUAGCGUCAAGGACAGGUGGACUGAUUCAGAAAAAGACGUACAGCAGAAUUUGAAGAGGAGAAGGAAAGAUUCGGGGUCACAGUGCAAUGGAACGGGCAGCCCCAAACGCCACCGUGAGAGUGUGCUUCGCCUCACAGGAGAAGACGGAAGAAAUGGAGGACCGGUACCUUCAAGUGUUUGUCAGGAGCAAAGUGAGGAAGAUGUAGAUUUGGAGAACCUGGACCGCUGCAUUGUACAGUUCACGGUGGGAGGAGAUGAUAGAACAAACAUUUUGGUCCCAGUCAUCAGCCCGAGUCACGACAACACAGCUCAAGCCAGCCCUGCUGAACCCAUUGUGCUGUCCAGUGAUGAUGAGGAGAGUGGUGUUGUUUCUCAAGCAGUCCGUACACUGAAAGACACAGUAAUACAGGGACAGUCCUCAGUGAAAGCUGUGGCCAAACAACAACAACAACAACGAGCGUCUCACAUACAGGACAUGCAGGUGUUGCAAGUAGAUACCGGAGCAGUUUCGUCAUCAGUGACAAAUUCUGUGAACUACUCCUGCAUGGGGUUGACCUUCUCCACAUUACAUUGUGGAGGUUUCCAAGGGAAAGCGAAAGGAGGCAUUAUGAUCGCGGAAGACAGAAUCAUCAUACCACUGACAGACACUAGUGAGCAGUUUGCACAGAUCUUGAGCUUCGAACGUAAAGAGCUGAGGAGGUACAGCGUUUGGGAGAAGCAGGAACUGGAGGCGCGGAAGUUUCACUUACAUGAUGACGAGGAGAACUGUCCUGCCGUUCUGCUGUUUUGCGUGUCGGAAACUGCUGCGACUGCGCUACAGCAGGACCUCAGCCAACUGUGUGUCAACCAAGAUGAGGCCCCAGACACUGGGAAAGCUAGCCCCUUCAUCCUGCUGACUCUCAAAGGUCCUCUGGAGGGAAUGGAGGGAGCGUUAUUGCGCUCUUUACUGGACAUUGAUUGCCUCAAUAGUCUUGCAAAUGGACAAGCUAUUGUUAGCGAUAAUUUAGACACAUUAGGUGGUUUGGACAUCGACUCUCCAGUUCUUUCUCUGGAUGAUAGCAUAGAGCUGAUUAGAAGAACUGGACUGGAUUCUCACCUGCUCUCCAUGCUGGGUGUGAAGAGCACCGAUCCCGAACCGAGCAAAGACAAGAGCAGUUCACAGUCUGAUGGAGACAAAACCCUCAUAACACACACCCAGCAAGAGGCUGAAUCACUGAAAGGGUCGGAGCUAGAGUCGGAGCUGGAGCCGGAGAUGAAACUGGAGACGAAACCAGAGCAAGACACGGGGACGCAACUCAAACCAAAAGAAGAUCAGAAAGAACAAGAGCCGGAACAUCCCUCUGACAAGAAAAAGGUGGAACCCACUCCUGCAUACACACUUUGCCAUCGUAGAACCAAAGGAUCGUACUCAGUGUCGCUGUGCAAACCAGACUCCAGCUGGACUAAAUAUAAACAUCAGGGUCUGGCCCGCAGGUUGAUCCAGUUUCCUCCCCCGCCAUUAAAAGGAGGAAUAUCAGUAACAAUGGAGGACCUGCAGUGCCUUGACAGUGGCCAGUACCUCAAUGAUGUUAUUAUUGACUUUUACCUCAAGUACCUAAUCCAGGAUGCACCCGCUGCUGUGGCCGAGCGCUCACACAUCUUCAGCAGCUUCUUCUACAAGCAGCUGACACGGAGGGACAACGCCAGUGAAGGUGCCAGCAGUGACUCCUGUCAGAGGCAGAGGCGGCACCAACGGGUGAAGACAUGGACACGGCAUGUGGACAUCUUCAAAAAGGACUUCUUGUUUGUGCCUGUCAAUCAGGAGGCUCAUUGGUAUUUAGUUGUCAUUUGUUUUCCUGGAAUGGAUGAGCCUAAACUGGAAGACUGGGCUGGUUCAGACUCACAGAAGGGAAAAAGCCACAGCGGGACAAGCGAGUCACUGCAUCAAGAGGAGAGCCAGGGAUGUAAAAGCUUAAAUGAAAGUGCAGAGACACCACCUACGUUAAGCCGCAGUGACACUGUGGACAAAGAGUCAGAAAAUGGCCAAAAGGAAUCCACCAAAGAUCCACCACCUGGUCCAGUAAACUGCACAGAGCUGACAUGCAAGAAAAAGACAGUUUGCAAAAGGCCGUGCAUCCUGAUCAUGGAUUCCCUCAAACUGUCGCUUCAUGAGCGAGUAUUCAAACUCUUAAGGGAGUACUUGCAGUCAGAAUGGGAGGUCCGUCGUGGUUCAUCAAGGGAGUUUGGUCCCGAUCAGAUGAAAAGCUCACACUGCCAAGUUCCCCUUCAGGACAACAGCAGCGACUGUGGCCUCUACCUUCUCCAAUAUGUUGAGUGUUUUUUGAAGGACCCUGUGGUGCACUUUGACCUCCCCCUACAUCUACAGCGAUGGUUCCCACGGCAGCAGGUUCGAAGGAAACGAGAUGAAAUCAGAGAUCUGAUACUUUCCCUUCACCGACGUCAGAACCUGGAUGAAGCAUGAGAACAGCUCUGCUGCCGAGUGCUGCAUCACAUUCCUGUAGCCAUUAAUCACUGCUCAUACUGAGCAACGGACAUUUCAGUGUGAACUGAAAACAUUUCUUUGAAAUUAGAGGCUGUUAUUUUAUACAUUAACCUGAACAAAACACGUGAACCUUUGACUAUCUGUGGGUCUGUCUGUGAGUGAAUAUAAAGGCAUUAGCUAAUUAAAAUAAAUACGUUUCUGUCCAUCGCACCAGAAAGGCUUAAAAUAUAUGUACACAUGCAGAUGUUUGUACACCCCAAGACUUUUUACUGAUUGCUUUUUCUGAUGGAUAUUUUACAAAAGGAAGUAUUUGUAUUUAAUUUUUUAUGUAGAAACACUGAAAGUGUAGCAAUGGUAAAACGUAGUUUGUACAGAGGCAUUGUUUAGAUGGGUUUACUUGCUUGGCUGGCGUUAUGUGUAAUGUGUGACUAAUAGUUCAGCGAAGUUCUCUGUCAUGGAUUUCCCAGUACAUGCAGUUCUGAUUUUUCCAUCUCUUGCAUCAGUGCAUUUUCACUUCAGACGACACAGGCUGUGUUCAAUACAUGGAUGUUUUUCUUACAGAGUUCUAAAAGGCUACUUAAGCCUCAGGACUGUGCCUCACUCUGUUAUCCUGUCAGCCUCUCAGCUACAGGAGACAGGAGACAUGGCACCUCCUCUUUGCAACACAGCUAAACUCGGGGUGCUACUGCAUAUUUGUGAUCUUAGUUAAAAAUAACACUGGGACACUGCAAUGUCUGCUGAUGGCGAAUUGACAGAUUUAGACCAAAUCUAAUUCUAAUUAAACUAUCAGUGCAGCCUACUGUAUACUGUCACUUUACAUAUAAAACUUUCUGGAUACUGCCAUCUGUUUUUAGCGACAUAGACAGCUGACCCUUUGUUAUAAACUAAUAGCUUCUAUAUGAUGAUAAUGAUAAUAAUAAUAAGAAACAUUUUCGUGCAGAAUGUGGGAAAUCAGGUUUCCUAUGUUUUCCAGACUACAGAAGAGUGUGUGCUGUGAUAACUCAAAGUACUUCAUUUUAACGUCACCAUUUUUCUUAAGAUGCCACGUAUAAGAUAUAGGAUUUAACAUACUUAACAUGAAUACUGCUUGCAAAAAAAGUUCAGGGGUGCACACACACUGGCAUGUGUUACACUAUGCUCUCAAAAUAAGACCCUUUAUGACCUAAGACACAUUGAAAUCCCUCACUACCGUUGCCUAAGUUCUUCUCAGCAGAGACAAAUCUCGGUAGUCUUGUAGUUUUUCCGCCUUUGUUCAGAUGUUUGUCUCUUUUAACACCUAAUGAUGUCCUCAAUGCGAAGGUUUUUUUUGUUUUUUAGACAUGUUCUGAAUGUACAGGUACUGAUUCCAAAAUUCGUUUGGUUUCAAUGUUGUAUUAAAGUAUACAGAAAAAAAACUGCA